AUGACCGAGCUUUGCGCUCUUGUCUUGGCUGCCCUUGUGGUUGUCGUUGUGGAAGACUUGCAGUGGGCAUUAGCAUCUCGUCCCGGUGGCGUGAGUCUGUUGCACUUUGUAGGACUUGACGCCGGUACAGGAGUAUGGGGAUUGCUUCGACUAUUGGCCACCGCCGAGUGGAGGCAGAAGUACUCCAGUCUGUUCCGCCUGCUGGUAAUCUGCUCCAUUCCUCUGCCAGGUAUCAUUCUCAUGGGUGCUAUUUCCAUCGAACUGGUCACGUUCCCCGAGAAGACAUACAAUGUGUCUGCUGGAAUUGCGCCCUUCAACGCCUCUUACAUCUACGACAUCCGUCAGUCUACGGCCACCGCGUUAUUGGUACAGAUGGGCAGCCCGGCUUGGUCUGAUAGAGACUCUUUCUCUCUGGACCCCUUGCAUCAGGGCGUAGGGAAGUGCACCGGGAAUGACGGUGGAUGGGCGCCGUGUGACGAAUCGCAUCUGCUCACCGGCGGUGUGGUCUCAAUUGCGCCUCAAGCAGACAACUUGACGAGCUACCCGGACUCUGCCGCAUACGUAGUCCCCAACACUCGAGUCGUCCAAUUGGAGUAUGGGAGAGUACACGAUCUUGAUGGUCUACGCACAAAUGGAACUUGUUUCCUCAUUGGCGCCGAUAGCGCUGCCUCGUACUGGUGUGCUGCUGUUGGCAAACAGAAAGGCCUCCUUUUCGGGUCGGCAUACUGCCCGAUUGCACUUCAGCUGACCAGUUCCUGCAUCAACAACACCGCUUGGACAAACCCCUUGGAACUGUCGUCAUCACUAUACGUAUACUCACGUUAUGCCACCGUCACGUAUGAUCGCGGAAACUUUUCGAUCCUCGACGUUUCGGACAUGACACCACCAGAGCAGGAUAUCAUCGGUCUCGAUGAAUACAUGCUCUCGCUAUCCGCAGUAGUUCCAGGCUUCAACAAGAGCGGCCCAGCUACCAAGGGCGACAACUCGGCACUAGCCAUUUAUGCAGUCACAGCGCUACCGAUCAACGACAGCGAAGUGGCAAAGAAGCAGUCAUUGAGAGCCGUUAGAAAGGCUCUUUCUGUGCCAUUCAGCUACUUCCAUGCAAACUACUUCUCUCCUGGCCCCUCCAUUUGGGAACUCAAGACUCCUCGCGAGGGUCUACCAGAGGACAUGUACUCCACCCUGUCCAUCUCCAUUCUCAGCCAUCAGGUUGUUGCAGGAAUUCCACGUCGAGGGUCUGUGUAA